UUAUGACUACUUAGGCCAGUCAGCGCCAAAACUUUAAUGAAACUUUAUUUUUAAAUAUUUUACAAUAUUAUUCAUAGAAUAAAUUAAUAUGUUAGUGUAAUAUAGAAUAUUUACUUCGUGUUUUACUCUUCCACGUAUCUGUGUCUUGAAUAGUGUUUGAUUUUAGAGAUUUUCUACAAAAUGUAUAUUAGUAGAACGAUUGUAAAAGUCUUUGUAGGAUGUUGUGCGAGUGCUUUUCUCAUGGAAAUUUUAAUGGCACAAGCUCCAAAUAACGCUAACCUUGUGACUUUCCUGCAAUUUUUCUUUAUAGCUCUUCAAGGUUUUAUUUUUACGUCUAAAUUUGGCACGAUAAGGCCAAAAAUACCUCUACGGCAUUACACUCUUCUAGUGGCCUUGUUUUUUGUAACAAGUGUGUCGAAUAACUAUGUGUAUGUCCUGCAUGUGCCUUCCACACUACAUAUGAUAAUAAGAUCCGCAUCAUCUCCUGCAAGCAUGAUAGUAUCAUGGAUAGCAAAGAAACAAGCACCAAAAAUAACCAAAUGUAUUGGGUCAGCUCUAAUAUCUAUGGGAGUAGCUUUAGCCAUGUAUGGUGGAGCAACCAUUGCUGAACAGAACGAGGGAGAGUUCAUGUACUGGUGCAUCGGAGUUGUCAUAUUAUUGUCCACUCUGUUUCUUGGUGCUCUGACUGGAUUGCAGCAAGAAAUUUUGUUUGCCAAAUAUGGAAAACAUCCAGAGGAGAUGCUGUUCUACACAUAUGCUUUACCUUUGCCUUUGUUUUUGGGCAUCUAUCCACAAUUACAAGAGAGAAUUACAAAUUCCACUAUGGACAUGUGGUUCAUCAUUGCUUUAAGCAUUGUAUCUCAAUUCUAUUGUACACAUUCUGUCCAUGAAUUAGCUACUAAGGAGCCUUCAGUGACUGUUACAUUUAUUUUGACUUUAAGAAAAUUUGUUUCAUUAUUGAUCUCUUCUUUUGUUUUUAAGAAUAAUCUCACUGUUUUGCAUGUGAUAGGAACGGUCUUUGUUGGGGUCGGCACCUAUGUGUACUUUGAUUUCUUUGCUCAGAGAAGACAACAGCCAGUCAGCAUGAAAGACAAAUCCUUUUAAUGUCUAUAACUGGACAUAAAUGAGCAAGAAUAAGUGAGCAUCAGAAUGACUGGCCAAAAUGACAGAUCAGCUUUAAAAUAUUACUAACAUCCAAUACCUUUUAGCUACUAUUUAAUACCUUUGUAUAGAUAUUUUCUACCUAAUUAAUAAAUAAGAAAAUUUAUUUAAAAAAUGGCCAGUCAUUCUGAUGUCUGAAUGGCCACCCACAUUUAGAAUCUCCACAAAAAGGCUCCGAAAUGUAAUUUCGCCUAUACACAAAUUUAGUACCUAUUGAGUACCUACCUAAACAAAUAUUUUUUUUAGAUUUUUAGAACAAGAAAUAAAAAAAUAUGAGCAAAAAAAGUUUUAUCGAAAAUGUUAAUUGUUUAUUGUUUACAACUCAAUUAUGCACAUAAUACAAAUUAUAAAAAAGGAACAAAUGCAAUAAAAGAUUAAUAUGUUCCUAUAGAAAAUAUCUAUACAAAGGUAUUAAAUAGUAGCUAAAAGGUAUUGGAUGUUAGUAAUAUUUUAAAGCUGAUCAGUCAUUUUGGGCAGUCAUUCUGAUGCUCACCAAGAAUAAGGUUGUGAUCUGCAAACUUUGGAAUAUUGUUGGAACAGUCGAAUUUAUAUUAUGGUAGAUACCUACUUCGUUUUUACUUAAGAAUGUUUUUUUAUAUAACUGUUUACUGUUUUAUAUGAAGAGAUAUUGAAAAAUAAAUAAAAGAUAGUAUUUUCCC